CAACAACUCAAUUCAGCAUAGCCACAUAUCUUAUAAACAAACAAUCAACAUGAGCUGGGUUCAGGCAACAUUAAUUGAAAACUCUACUAAAAAGUUUUAUAUUGAGCAUACAAGUGGUCGGACCAAUCAUAUUGCUCAUGGCAUUAUAGCUUUGGAUGAGUUAGGAGCUGACAAAACAAGAAUCCAGAAGUAUAUUCAUCACUAUGCCGAGAGACUUGAGAAGCCAAGGGAUCAUGAAGAUGCUUGGGAGAAGGUUGACAUUGAAAAUUCAAAGGGUAAACAAAAGGGUUUCUAUGGCCUAUUGGACCACUAUAAGGAACUUUUGCAGGAAGUACAUAGUGGGGAUUGGUCGUCUCUUUUGACUCAGGAGUUCCCAAAACUAUCAGCUGGUGUAGUAGGAGCCGCAACACAUGGCUUGAUACAGAUAGGGUAUGGUGUCGCUGCAAAGUCUGAUCAAGUCAUAUGUGAAGGUCUAGCCUAUCUUCAUCACUCUUACUUAGCUAUCAAAACAAACGUCAGACCCAUCAAUGAACCAAAACUGCCAAUCACAGAAGUUCUGCAGAAUAUCUAUGAGGAUAAGGACUUUCAGCAAAGGGUCAAUGAAGAAGCUGAAAAAGAUCAUCCUUUCGUCCCGCAAAAUUCUGGGAACUUUACAAGUCGUAUUCUGACGAUUUACAAUAUAUUCGGUGACAAGCUUUUACAGUAUUCGCACCAAGUACAAAUGCCAAGUUUCUUUAACGAAGAUGACUACACUUUGAAUGAUGUUGUGAAAUUAGCACGGUGGAUUGUAGAUUGCGCAAUCCUCGUGUUCGCCAAAUCCAGUCGAAAAAAUGAUUUCUUCCUGCUGCACGGGGUGACCGCUGCCUGGAGUCUUUUACAGAUCAUCCCCCUACUGAGCCCUGAGAAUGGCGUCAAAGCAAUUAAAGAAUUCUUAAUUGCUUUACUUGGGGUUUACAUUGUUCAAAAGUGCCCAGCAUUAACACAAGAAAUACCCCAAAAUAUUAGCAUAAAAUGGGAUGAACUGAUUAAAAAGACAAUCGAUAAAGAUGUGAGUAGAGACACACACAAAUUCAAACUUGUACAGGCUUGCUAUGAUAUGUAUAAAACCAAAGAUGAGAAUGGUGACGGAUAUAGUGAUAAUGAUCAGUUGUAUUUCUUUGCAGCAAAGAUGUGUGUUGAAAAUGUUAUAAAGUUUGUAGAGCCUGAAUUUGUGAUAAGUGACGAUGAAGUUUAAUUUUCAAACAUUAUUCAGGGUUGCCAUGCAGAUAAGAAAAGACUUUUGCCGACUACAUUUAACUACUGUUUAUGAUAACCAUCUGUAAAAGUUAUCAGAAAAAUUAUGGUUUGAGAAUCUCAUUUUAUCAAAUUGAUACUGAGGUGAUGAAUGAGAAAAAUAAGGAUUCAGUGAUCUCCCCAGCAUUUGAACAAGUGGGCGCAGCACCCAGCUGAGAUUCUGAAAAUAGACUUGCUCUCACCUGAAAAUCCAUUUGCAC